AUGAAAAACCCCAUCAUAUUGGGCAUAGCCAUUUCGCGGCUUCUGAAUCCGGGCCACAUCGAGGAGCUGAUGUAUAUGGAAGGAGGCCACUUUCUUGGCUUGGCGAUAGCCCGUCUAGUUGUGCUGGUGCUGAUCGCUAUCUGUUGGAGCAUCUUAUAUCAGCAGGGCUAUGCUUCAGUCUACUCCUACUUGGAGAAACGAUAUGCUAGCCGAUUGAUCUGCCAUCUUUAUCUCAUCAGCUCAGUGUUGGAGCAAAUGAAGGCAAUUCAAGUGUUCAAGAUACGUCACCGACGCAGCCUCUUAUCACAUGUCAUUCUCGAACCAUGGCUACUAAUUGCUUUGGGUGCAAGUUUUUCACUCGGCUGUUUAGCAGGCCUGCAGGCGCUUGUCUUCCAUUUGGUCAUAUUCACACUUAUUGGCUUUUCUAUUAGAAUUUGUCUGGCUGUCCAUCUCAAGAGCAGUGGCUAUGCUAUAAACAAUUUCUCGGCCACCUUUGCCUAUUCCACAGGUCGUGAGUGUGCAGAUUUUUCCCCUUUUCCAGGAAUGCUGCAUUAUCUAACCGGCUUGAUAACUGCGCAACCUUCAUAUAGUCUCUAUCGCCAAGCGAAUAGCCUUAGACAGGCCAAUUUGGCUGUUAGUUUUGCUGUGGUAAUAAAUAUAGCCGAAACUUUAAUCAGCUGGUUAUGCGCAAAUGGAAUCCAUGACUAUUCUAUGCAAGCGGGGAUAGCCCGCGAAAAGUGGCUACUUGCAUACCCUGCAGAAAACACAAGCUUGCGACUGUAUCAAAUAAAAGAGACUGAACAUUUUCAUCAGAUGCCGUUCGAAUUAGAAAGCCAGAUGAAUGGUACUGGCGAUAUGAAUUAUUUCGAGACGACCUACUCCAACGAAAGCAGUUUGGUGGCAUUGAUUGCAGGUGUAUUUUUGGGUCCAGGAACGUGGAUUGUAAUUAUGGUAAUUGUGUUGGUGACUUGGGGAAAUUAG